UAUUAUGGGCUCGCAUAGUUUAAGCGAACAUUCAGACGAAGGCUUCGAGGAGAACGAUGCACUGGAAGUGGGCGGUGCUGUCGGUAAAAUUGUGUCGCGCUUCAUCGAUCGCGUCUGCACUGAGGGCGGUGUAACCUCCGAGCACAUACGCAAUCUGCAUGACAUGGUGCCUGGUGUGGUGCACAUGCACAUUGAAAUGCUGGAGUCGGUGUAUCUGGAGUCCAAACGCCAUCCACAUGUGCAGAAGCCGAAGAUACAAACGCCAUGCCUGCUGCCAGGCGAGGAGAUUGUAACAGAUCACUUGCGCUGCUAUCUCAUGCCCGAUGGGCGCGAAGAUGACACACAAAGUUGGAUACCAGCCGAAGGUGCACUGUUCUUAACAAACUAUCGCAUCGUGUUCAAGGGUUCACCCUGUGAUCCGCUCGCUUGCGAACAGACCAUCAUACGCGCCUUUCCCAUCUCCUCGCUGCUGAAGGAGAAAAAGAUCUCAGUACUUUACCUAUCGCAUUUAGAUCAAACUCUGCCAGAGGGUUUACAGUUACGCUCCAGCACCUUUCAGCUAAUGAAAAUCGCAUUCGACACGGAGGUGACACCAGAAAUGAUUGAGACUUUCCGCAAAAUACUCACGAAGGCGCGGCAUCCGAUCGACGAAUUCGAACACUUCGCCUUCCAAUCGUACGGUACCAUAAUGCAUGGCACUGCACCAUCUAAAACCAAAGAAAAAUACUCAACACUAAAGGGUUUCGCUAAGAAAACAAUUUUACGCAAAUUCAAACAAAAAGCACCAACUAAACGCAAAUUGGUUGCUUCGACACUCGAUUUUGAUACGCUCGCACCAUCGACGGAAGCCAUCGAUACACAUUCACUUGACGAUGAACUCGAAGAUGAUGAGUUCGAAACAAAUACGGACACCAUGCCACGCCUGCUGACCGCCAAGGAUGUAGAACGCAUGCGGGAACGCAGUUAUGUGCGCGAUUGGAAGCGUUUGGGUUUUGAUGAUGCACAAAAUGGCUUCCGCAUAACCACUGUGAAUGCCAAUUACAGUCUCUGUCGUUCGUAUCCUGCACUCUUGGUAGCACCGGUGCAAAUAAAUGACGCCGCACUAUUACAUUUGGUGCGCUGCUACAAGAGUCAACGCAUACCGGUGGCGACGUGGCGUCACCGCAAUGGUGCUUUGCUGAUAAGAGGCGCGCUGCCACACAGCAAGUCGGUUAUCGGCAUGCUUAAAAACUCCACGGGUUCGAACACGAUGUCACACGACGUCGCCAACUAUCACGAACAGGAUAAAUACAUUUCAGCGCUCAUUGACUCAAUGCCGAAAAAUCUCUCUCUAGCAUUGGCGCAAUACAAUUUGACCGGCAUGAAUUUGUCAAUGAAUUCGCUGCUAUUGAACGCUGGUGAUGAGUCGUCCUACCUUAACCGCGCAGACACUUCAUUGACGCCGGAAGUUAGUCGCAAACAUAAGUCCGCACAUUCAGCGAGCAGUGAUGCGAAAUCAAAUAACUGGACCGAUUCGUUGAAACCAAAAUCGAAUACAAUAAAAAAUAACUCAUCAGUCUCAGCAGCUGCGUCAGCGUAUCGAAAGUUGCGGCUGUAUGUUUUAGGUGAAAAAUCUCAAACAAAAUCUGGCAUCAAUGCAGAUCUCUGCGCCGAAUUCAUAGCCGUCGACUAUGCUGACUAUCGGCAAUCACGCAUCGCUUUCAAGAAGCUUAUGCGCGCAUGCCUACCCUCGAAUACAACCAACGAAGCGGAUCAAACGUUCGCCAAAAGCGUUGAACAAUCCGAGUGGCUGCAACAAAUCUCUUCGCUUCUGCAGCUUUCUGGCGCUGUGGUCGAUUUAAUGGAUUUGCAAGAGUCAAGUGUGAUGCUCUCGCUGGAGGAUGGCUGGGAUAUUACCGCGCAAAUAUCUUCGAUUGCACAACUAUGUCUCGAUCCAUACUAUCGCACAAUGGAGGGCUUCCGUGUACUCAUCGAGAAGGAUUGGAUUGCAUUUGGACAUCGUUUUGCACAUCGUAGCAAUUUGAAGCCAACGCAUGGCAAUUCGAGUAUAGCAUUUGCGCCAACUUUCUUGCAAUUUUUAGAUGCUGUUUACCAAAUACAAAAACAAUUUCCAAUGGCAUUUGAAUUCAAUGAGUUUUAUGUACGCUUCUUGGCCUACCACAUGGUUUCGUGUCGUUUUCGCACUUUUCUCUUUGACUGUGAAGUGGAACGUUUCGAUUUGGGUAUCGCUUCAGUAGAGGAUAAACGGGGUUCAUUGAGCACCAAACAUCACAUGCUAGCUAACACCGGUUCCGAUGACGAGUGCGUCUACCCCAUGGACGUACGCAGCAAGGCGGCACAAUCUGCGGUGAAUUUCAAUCGCAUCGGUCACUCCAUCUUCGACUACAUCGAACGUCAGCAUGCGAAGUCACAGAUUUUCUACAAUUUCAUGUACUGUGUACGCGACGAUGUACUACGUCCGCAGAGCUCUUUGCCUGCCCUAGAUCUCUGGCCCUACUAUACCAACGAAGAGUUGGCGCAGGGUCCACCGUACGAUCUGGAGUUGACAAAUGCCGAUGAUGAAAUUGAUCUCUCAGAGUUGCGUGGCAAACGAAUUGUAAUUAGCGCUGGCUAUGAUAAUAUCGAAAAGAGUAACCCCAAUGCAUUUGUUUGUCUAUUGAGUGAUGUGCGACAAGCGGAAACCGAACGUGGCCAUCUGCCACAAAAAUGGUUGCAAGUGUGGGAUCAAUUGGAGGUACCCCAAAUGGAAGAGCUGACGCGCAAGUCAUCGUUGAGUAGUAUUCUAUUGCAAUCGCACGGAAAAUUAGCGCACAAACGUUCCACUUUGGAGAUACUCAUGAAGGGUCGCUUAAGUGGCUAUCAGGAUAAAUUCUUUCAUCCACAUCGUUUCGAGAAGCAUCCCUAUACAACACCCACCAAUUGCAAUCACUGCACCAAGCUGCUAUGGGGUCCAGUCGGUUAUCGCUGCAUGGACUGUGGCAAUUCUUAUCACGAAAAAUGCACCGAGGUGUCAUUGAAGAACUGCACCAAAUAUAAGGCCGUGGAUGGUGUAGUGCCGCCAAAUGUCAACAUAUCGCAGGGUGACACCUCAAGUAUAGCAUCGAGUGCCGCUACAACGGCGCGUACUUCAAGUCAUCAUUUCUACAAUCAAUUUAGCAGCAAUGUGGCGGAGAAUCGAACACAUGAGGGGCAUCUUUAUAAACGCGGCGCCCUGCUGAAAGGCUGGAAGCAGCGUUGGUUUGUGCUGGACUCCAUAAAACAUCAACUGCGUUAUUAUGAUUCUGGCGAGGAUUCACAAUGCAAAGGGGUUAUAGAAUUGGCCGAAGUGCAAUCAGUUACGCCAGCGCAACCAGCACAAAUUGGUACGAAGCGCAUAGACGAGAAGGGCUUCUUUGAUCUGAAGACCAAUCGGCGCACCUACAACUUUUAUGCGGUUAAUGCGAAUUUAGCACAAGAAUGGAUUGAGAAAAUUCAAGCUUGCUUACAGUAAAUGAAUUUAGCUGCUCAUUGGGAGCAUUUCCUCAUACAUAUUUCCGUUUCUUGCGUGUAUUAUUUUUUACGUAUAAAUAUUUUAGCUAAGCUAAGCUUAACAUAGAAAAAAAAUUAAUUAAACUACAAAAAAUGGACGACCAAAUGAAAUAAGUAUAAAUAAAAAAAUAUAUAGCGUUAUACUCAAAGUUUAGCAGCG